GUUUUAAGCUGACGGACUUGACGGUGCGGUCUUGUUCUGUCUGCGUGCGGCGGAGCAGCGCGAGCAGCUCAGCUGUUUGAACCUCCGACGGGUCGGACGGGAGGCUCAGACUUCUGACUGAAGUCGUUUUCUCUCUUUUGUUGGAUUCCGUUUCACAGACGGAACUUUUCUCUUCUCUUUUCCCGUCCUCCGUCCGUGUUUUUCCUCGCGUUCUCCUGCUGUUUGAGAGGAAUGUGAGUGUGGGCUUUUAAAAGCUGAUUUACUGCUCUCGUUUUGGUUGUUCUGUCUCGCCGAACAGAAGGAACCGGACCGACUCGGCAUCGCCCGUCCGGUCCCGGUGUGUUUGGAGUCCAGCUGAGCCACAGCCAGGGUUAAAAUGCCGGGGUUGAGAGGACUGGUUCUCCUGAGUCUCUGUCUGAAUCUGCACACAUACCGGGCCCUCCCCAGCCAGCGGGUCGACCUCGGCACCGACCCGCCGCUGGACUACGACGUGCUGGAUGAGGAGCUGGGAGGCUUCAGGGACCGGAGCGGCAACUGGACCCGCGGGGUCGCGAGCUGCGGGCCCUGUGAGCCGGACCUGUGCCCGGAGAACCGGGGUUGCCGGGCCGGCCUGGUGCUGGACCCGUGCGGCUGCUGUAUGGAGUGCGGCAACCUGGAGGGCCAAGCCUGCGACCCGGGGGACCGCAGCGUCUUCUACGGGCUCUGCGGGACCGGGCUGCGGUGUCAGGCGGACCCGCGGCCCGCAGGAAGAGGAGGAAAGGAGGAUGAGGAAGAAGAGGAGGAGGAGGUGUGUGUGUGUGAGGAGCAGGAGGCGGUCUGUGGCACUGAUGGAGUCACAUACAUGAACAUGUGUCAGUUCAGAGAGGCCGCCUUCUCCAAACCAGAACUCAGAACCAGAGGGAAGGGGCCCUGCAAGACGGUUCCCAUCAUCAAGGUUCCUCCUCACAGCCAGGUGAAUGGGACCGGCAGCAGUCUCGUCUUCCUCUGUGAGGUCUUUGCCUUUCCGAUGGCCCUUGUCGAGUGGAGGAAGGACGGCCGAGACGUCGUCCUGCCCGGAGACGACCCUCACAUCUCUGUGCAGUCUCGGGGUGGUCCGCUGAAGUUCGAGCUCUCCAGUUGGCUGCAGAUUGAGGGGGCGGGGCCAGAGGACUCGGGGACCUAUCGCUGCAUUGCGCGUAACAACCUGGGUUCUGUGUCCGCCUCUGCUGUACUGGGAAUUCUGCGAGCAGAGGAGCUGUCGUCCUACCUGGCCAAUAGCGUGUCAGAGAUGAAGCAGCUGACGGAUGCCACAGACUACGACCAGGGCUUUUACUGAGCCACACGUGAUGUCACUUCCUGUCAUGUGACUGUCCAGCUGACAUGAGACAGUAAACACUUGUGUCUGUCCCUCAGGUGUCCUUCAGACUGAUGGUGGCUCGGUCACUGAACGUAUCUGACGCUCUGUCAGCGUCAGACUCGGUUUAACUUCAAAAUAAAAGUACAAACAACCAACGAGUGUUUGUGUUUCUUCUCCUUCGUCACUUCGUCAUCGUGGUCAUCAUUCAGGGAUUCCUGCGCCUCCUGAGCUCGGUCUGCACCUCGGCCUGCUGGACGGGACGGCAGACCGAGGAAACCAGCCUGACUCAGAGCACAGGAAGUUGGAACCCACCGGGGGC